AUGAUCCGUAUUCAGACGCUCCUGCAGAGGACCGAACACAAAAAGAUCGACGAAAAGAAUACUCCACGACGGGCCACUACUUCGAGAAGCCCCUCGAGGAAUACCCCUGACGCUGAAGCUCAAAAGGCCUUUAACUCCGCCGGAAAGGGGAAUCUACACUCUGACCCUAAGAACAAUGCUUCUCUGAACACCAAAACCAUCGCUGGUCUGGCCGAAGGCAUUGUUUCCAGAGACCCCAAGAUAGUCGUUCCCCACUUCAAAGCGACGACUACAUUCAUCCGUGCCGAGUAUAUGCUGCCCAGCGAUAUCGAGCCUCCUGUGUUGAAGGUCACUAGAAAUGCGCACCUUGGCCAAGUCGCGCUGCAAACAGACAGCAGUGUUUUUUGGGUGCGGGAUGCGAUGUGGAUACAGGUCAUUGCCGAACAUGAACCCGCAGAAGACUUCUUGGAGGGCUAUGAAUAUCCCACUUAUCGAAGACUCGACAGUCUUGUCUCAGAUUUCCUCAGGGAUGCUACCACGAGCAUGCUCCUAGCCUUUGCCACGAAGCUAGACACUCACCUGGAAGCACAUGCCGUCUCGCCUUCGAAACACGAAAUGCCGAAGACAGCAGUUGACAGGAGCAGUUUCAACGUCGAUUGUGGCGAUUCGUUCAGCGUCAAGUUAUGCGACGCCUCUAAUACUCACGAAUCCAGAUGGGCUGAAGUGCAGAAUCCGCACCUAGUCCUACAGACAGCGAACAAGCACCCGGGCACCGUCAGAGAGUAUAGCUUUUGCGCCAUCAACCCGGGUAGCACGACCUUGACACUUGUCGUAGUAAGGGCAGAUAAUUUAGCCAUCGGUACAGCAAGGGUGCAAGUCGAGAUUGUUGAAAGGAGAGCCAGUGAGGCAAAUGAAGAUAGCGACGUAGAAUCCUAG